AUGAGCGAAAACAGAGACGGAGCACACAACGACGGGAAGAGUAAGAAGAGAAGAAUCGUACGAAACAAUCAGAAACAGAACGAGAAAACGCAUCGUCAUCAUCAUCCUCAUUAUCAACAACAACAACAGAGCAUGAAUCCAACGACAACAACAACAACGAAUAUAGAUUUCAUCGAACAAUCUUUCCUGACGAUUGAGGAGGAUCCUUUGAUGAUGAAAUUCAAACCGAAUCGAGAGGAAAUCGAACGCGCGUUGAAAAGAACAACAUCUUCGUUCGUAACGAACAAGAACGAGAACAAGAAAACCAUAAUCGAUGAUGAGGAGGACAUCACCACCAACAUUAACAAUCAAAACAACACCGAGGAGGACGAAAACGAUGUCAUAACGCGAGCGGUUGAUAUUUUACGCGCGCAGAUGACGAUAAAAAUGGAGGCGGAGGAGAUGGCGAAAGCGAUGGAAGUAUCUUUGCGAGAAAACGAAGAAAAUGAAAAGAAACGAAAGCGAGAGGAAGAGGAGACGAGGAGGCGAGAUCCGGUGAAGGCGUUUGCGAGCGCGUCGGCAAUGGGAGAGAAAGCGUUGAAGCGGAUGUUUUUAGGCGAAGGCGGAACGAAUUCGUCGAAAGCGAUGGAGUUGUGCGAGUUCGAGAAGAAGGCGAAGAAGUGGUAUAAGAGCGCGCGCGAGACGAUCGAGGACGUGUUUGAACAGAUUGGCGCGUCGGUUGAAAACGCAAAGACGGAGGAGGAGGUUGGAGAGAUUUUGAGGAAUUCGUUGGAGUUGCUCUUCGAGCAGACGUUGCGGAUGCCGAUGAAGGCGGGCGCGAUUCCUGAGAUUUUUGCGAGCGAAGAGGCACUGGAAGGGAAGAACGUAGCGGCGGGAGAUGUGGUGGAAGUGGGGAGUAGUAGCGAGGAAGACGAAGAAGAAGGGCAAGAAGAGUAG